AUGAAGCGAGAGUCUGUCCAUGUCGAAUCCAAGCACAUAACCAACAACCAUUGCGCCGUCAAGAUGCUUCGUCAAGUAAAACCCCGCAAUGCCCGCUCCAAGCGCGCCAUGGCCGCCCGCGAGCCCAAGGCCAUCGAGAACCCCAAGACGUGCCUCGUCCUCCGCGGCGGCAACUGCUCGCAGAUUGUGCAAAACGCCCUAAACGACCUAUACUCGAUGCAUCAGCCGCACGCCAAGAAGUUUACCAAAAAGAACCCGAUCCACCCGUUUGAGGACGCGACGUCGCUCGAGUUCUUUUCGGAGAAGAACGACGCCAGCAUGCUGCUCUUUGGCAGCAGCCAAAAGAAGCGCCCGCACGCCAUUACGCUCAUCCGCACGUUUGGCUACAAGCUGUUUGACAUGCUGGAGCUGCACCUCGACCCGGACACGUUUCGCACCAUUGCGCAAUUCAAGAAUAAAAAGUUCUCCAUUGGCCUGCGGCCGAUGCUGCUCUUUGCCGGCACCGCCUUUGAGAGCCCCGUCGACAACGAGUACACGCUCGCCAAGAGCCUCCUCACCGACUUCUUCAAGGGCGAGCCCUCUGACAAGAUUGACGUCGAGGGCCUGCAGUACAUUAUCAACUUUACUGUCCAGGAGGAGACGUCAUCGUCGACCGACGUCAAGCCCGCCAUCCACAUGCGCGUCUACCUCAUCCGCACCAGGCGCAGCGGGCAGAAGCUGCCACGCGUCGAAGUCGACGAGAUUGGCCCGCGCAUGGACUUUCGCGUCGGCCGCGUGCGCGAGCCCGACGAGGCCAUGCGCAAGGAGGCCAUGAAGACGCCGCGCGGACUCGAGGAGCGCACCAAGAAGAACAUUUCGACGGAUGCCAUGGGCGACAAGAUUGGCCGCGUGCACAUUGGAAAGCAGGAUUUGAGCACCAUGCAGACAAGAAAGAUGAAGGGUCUGAAGCGCAGCAGGUUGGAUGAUGAGGAGGUGGGCGUCGAGGGUGUCAUUGAGGAAGAGGAUGUCAAGCGCUCCAAGCAUUAA